AUGAGGAUCGUGGUCCUAUGGGGCCCACUGGCCCUACUGGCUCUACUGUGUGAGCACACACUGGUCAGCAGUCACAUACUGGGAAGAGCCUCUUCUACCAGUGACUUGGCUCAGCUCAAGUCUUUGCUGGAGCGCUUUGAGGAGACGCUGAGUGAAGCAGCCCAGGAGGAGGAGGACCCUGAAGCAGAUUAUGAAGGUACAAACCAAGAGUCUGCACGCAGCCAGGCUGGCCAAGGAUGGAGCCUGGACCAAGAACCUUCGAUACCAGAAACGUCUCAGUCAGCAGCGGAGGGCCACAGCAGGGCUGCGAGCCAGAGGAGCCGCCUGCAGGACUUGCUGAUAACCGCCAGGAAACGGGCCUCUGGCUGCUUUGGGGCCAGGUUGGAUCGAAUAGGAAGCUCCAGCAGCCUGGGAUGCAACAGUGGAAGAGGCUAG